AGCAUGCUGAUGUUUACUGUUAGCAUUUAGCUCAAAGCACCACUUUGUCUAAGCACAGUCUCUUAGAGCUGCUUGCUAGCUGUAGCCUCUUGUUUCCAUUUUGUGAAGUCCCUCCGGUGUCUAGACUGAACCCGAGCCCCACCAAGACCAAGAUUAACCUGAUUUUCAGCAUCAAAACUCCCAACAGCUUCUUGUUCAGAUGCAAAACAUUUCUCAACCUAAAUCCAAACUGUAACUGCUGAUUGCUGGUCAAGCUAAAUCAGAAUUGUGCAGUUAAGAUGUUUGGGAAGUUAUUUUUCUUGCUUCUUCAUCAUUGUGAAAUGAUUUGGUCCCGUGUGGUUCCCUCGUUCAGUCCCUCUGCAGGGCGAGCAGUUAUUUCUCUCUAUCACAGUGACUCCAUCUGUGAAGGCAGCUCACUUUUCCCACUGAUGGAGUUAAUGAUCUCUGAUCUCUCCACACUGCCACACAGACUCGACCUACACCUUUCAUUCAGAGAAGAGGUCUCCGUUUGUUCAGACAUGUUGUUUAGGAUUCCCUGCUUAUUUCUUGCCUUUGUGCUUUGGGGUCCGGGUCGCGGCGGGCCCCUGACAAACCUCCACCCCAACAUGACGGACCAGGAGCUGAUCUGGGGCGCCGACCAGUACGACUUCUCUGUGGUGCUUCCUGCUGCAGGGAUGGAGUGUUUCUGGCACUUCGCCCACCGUGGAGAGAGAUUCUACCUGAGCUUCAUGGUCCAGUGGGUGACGGGAGUCGGCCAUGACAGACACCUGUCCGUCAGCGUCAACACUCCCAGCGGUCUGUUAGUGUCGACUGUUGAUGACGCGAAGGGUCAGGUCAACUUUGAGGCAGAGGAAACGGGUUUCUAUCAGAUGUGUUUCAGCAACUUCCACAACCGCUUCGGCACCAUGCAGGUCUUCCUCAGCUUCGGCGUUUACUACGACAGCUUCCAAGACCCCGCCAAGCGCAAGGAGGAAGAGAAGAAGAAGAAAGAGGAAGUCAGGAAAGACCUGAACGACACACUGAGCGUCAUAGAGGAUGCGAGUCACAAAGUGGAGAACUACGUCUUCCACAUGUUUCGCUACUACAGCUUCGGCCGCAUGAGGAAGAGCGCCGACUACUUCCUGCUGCUGUCCAACUCGCGGUACAUCACCUGGUGGUCGACGGCCCUCAGCCUCCUCAUCGUCACGUCCGGCUACCUGCAGCUCCUCUUCCUCAAAAGACUCUUCAUCACCAAGACCUCCGCCGAGGACGAGAAGCCCCGCUGCUGACAGGCUCGUUUACUGUCAUGGUACCAUCUGUGUAAAAAACAUCAAAACCUGUGCAGCCACAGAUGAUACUACAAGGCCGUGCCGGCCAUUUUUCUUUCUGGUAUUGUAUUUGUGUACUUGUAUUUCUUUACACAGUAUAAAUAAACUUUACUGUUAGAUGAU